AUGGAUGUCAUAUUAGGAUUUAAUCCAAUAUCAAUGAUGGAUAAACUAACAAUUUAUGACAAAGCUCAGGAAGAUUUACGUGAAGUGGACAUCUAUCGCGAUACCCCAAUACGAUUUCUUGGUAUGUUCUACAACAUCGAUAUAUCUUCACUGUACUGGAUUGGUUGUCUCAGAUAUGUUGUAGGCUAUGCAAAUGAAAUUGGCGAAGCAUUUCGUGCUUGGGUACCGACAAAUGCAGUUCGAUUAUCAUAUGUCGUUUCAAUGGGUUAUGUUUUUUCUGACACAGCUAAUAAAAGUCGAAAAACUUAUCAGUUAAAUUAUCUGAACAGUAAGGAACGAUCUCGAGCUGUUGCUCUUCGAGCUAUCGAUACAUUGAUUUGGCAAAGUAUGGCAUCUGUUAUCAUCCCAGGAUUUAUGAUCAAUCGCGUUUGCUAUUUAUCCACUAAAUUGCUUAGUUGGUCAACGAAGUGGCCAUUGAAAAUACAAAAACUGACGUCAACAAUAUUGGGAUUGUGUAUAAUUCCAUUCAUCGUGAAACCAAUUGAUACAGCUGUUGAGAUUGGAAUGCAGUCUUCAGUGAGGAAGUUCUAUCCGACGGGAGUUUUCGAAAAAUAG